AUGGACAGGAUGAGUGUGGAGCAACUGCACCACUCUACUUUAGACAUAUAUUCGCACUUGUUGGAUGAGUUCAACCCAAGUCUGCACCGACUGGUCUCUCUGGGAAACGGCUACAUUCAGGCUUUUCAAGCGCUGGCUGUGAAAAGUGAUGCUUACUUCACGGCUCUGUCCAGAAUGGGAGAGCGAGCUUUUCACUCUCGCUCCAUUGGUGACGUCUUGAUCCAGAUUUCUGAGAGCCAGAGGAGACUCACGUCAGAGCUAGAGGGAAUCUUCCGCUGGUUCCAGGUGGAGGUGUUGCAAGAGAUGGACAACAACGUCAGAAUGGACAUCGAUUACAUUGCGGGCAGCAAGCAGCACUAUGAGCUGGAGGUGGGGAGGCAGCCCCGCAGAGCCACAGGACAGGACAUGGCGGAGAUCAUGGACUUCCUCAGAGAGAGCCACCACGAGGCGCUGCAGGAGGAAGAGAGACGAUACCGAUUCUUAGCUGAGAAACACUGCAGCCUCACCCAGUCCUUCACUCACCUCAUGAACAAGACUGGAGCAUCACUGCAGCAGAGAGCAGAGCUGUGGACAGAGGAGGUGAGCGCCACCAGGAGGCAGGAGCCAACAAGACACUCUGAGGAGGUGCUGAGAGGCCGAGAGGAGCUCGGGAGCAUUCCUUCAAGAGCACCGUCUCCAGAGAAUCGGACCCGUAUGGGCUCCAUCUCUGACCUUCAGGGAGGUGGGGGAGGAGGUGGGGGCCGGGCCAUGAGGACUCUGGGCUCCCACCAGCCCAGUGCCUCUAACCCCACACUGCUGCCCUUCGGCAGAGGAGAGAUCAUCAGUGUCCUGGUGCAGCAGCCCCGCAACGGCUGGUUGUACGGGCAGAGCGAGUCCUCUGCACGGUCGGGAUGGUUUCCAGCUUCUUAUGUGGGAUCUCUGGAUGAUCCUCCACAAUCAAGCAUGUCAAGAAAUUCGUCUUUACAAAGCACCAGCAGUAUGUCCAGCCUCCUCAGCCAAUCGGGAAGCAGCGCCCACAGCCAAGCCCCGCCCCCGCCGACUCCACCCCCACCCCCACCAUCUCUGUCUCAAAUGUCCAUCAAACAGUCACCGUCUGCAAACAUCAGCAAGCCAAAGUCCCCUUCAGAAAGCAAGGGAUCCGACGCACCGCGAUAUCCCGAGCUCUUCCCCAGGGGGACCAACCCGUUCGCAACAGUGAAGCUGAAGCCCACUUCCACCAACGAUCGAUCAGCACCGCGGGUCAGACGCUGA